UUUCCUCGCGCGACGGCGAGAACACGCGUCGUCCGUUGUGGUCGUGGGAGAGACGCGAGUCACGGUCUCUCGUCACACUCGUACCUGCAUCAGCGGGUGCCCGUCGUUUGCGGGGCGUACGAAGUACUCGCGAGCAGGAUUUUCCUUGGCCGCGCCUUAUCUCCUAGAAACAUCUCUCUCGCUCUCUCUCUCUCUCUCUCUCUCUCUCUCUCUCUCUUUCUCUCUCUUUCUCUCUGUCUCUCGCGGCCAAGAGAAGGAAAAAAAAGGGCCACGAGAGUGCAUCGCAUCAGUCGCUCCGUGGCGCUCAUCUGACGCACGUUGACGAUGUGACACGCAAUCCGUCGGAUAAACAAAGUCGUCGGAAAGAGUGCGAGUCUCGCCGCACUUUUUCCACCGCGCACAUACGUCGCCACGCACCUACCUACGUCUCGGCGAUCAGAUCGUGUACGAUACGCGAGAUACCGGGGACGGUCCGUGUAUGGAUGGUUUCUCAUCAUCUUUCGGUGACGAGUCUCGGUCCCGCGACCGACGAUGCCAUGGACGUUUAAAUCGUCUCGGUGUGGAGACGCCUGAGCGAGCUGCGUCGUGGCUAAUUUCGAUACGAUCUCGCGCGGCUGUCAAGUUUUAUUGCCGUGAAUCGUCGGAGCAGCGAGUUUAUCCGAAUUAGCGUUUGCCUUUAUCGAUCCGACGGGGAUUGGUCUUGAACGAAUUUCGACACGUGCGAGUAUCUCGAUGUGUAAAGCUGACUUAAUUUUAUCAAUAUUGAAUGGAAUAGUGACUUUGUUCAGACAAGAAUAUGCAAGGAUGACGUCAUCGUCGUUGUUGGGGGACAACUUUCCCUUUUUAACGUGUCACGCUAAACGUACGAGGCGAAGCAUGAUUCUUUAGCAACUUAUAACUUUCCCAACACUUCUCUCAGAAUGUUCAAAGAAAGUGAAAAUGGCGUGGGUGGGUGCAAUGGUGCACCACCGCGUCCUCGGAGACUAUUUCCCCGAUUUUCCCUGCGAAGAUUAUUGUAUUCCAGUCCACUUAUUGGUCGUCGCAUUGCAAGAACGCCUAGUUCAAAUAACAGAAAUUCAAAAGCCAAAGAUCAAGUAAGCGGUAGAGCGACGGAUGUCGAGAAAGGAGAGGCUAGAGUAAGCAACGGCUCGAGCCAUUUCCAAUUUCACAACAUAGACUUGCAGCGUGCUUCCAGCAAAGGUUCUGUGCUUUCUUCUGCAGGAAAGAGUAAUGAGAAUGGAUUGAUGGAAUGCCCAUUAUGUUUGGCCGAACUGCCAGUAGAAUUCUUUCCUAUUAUUCAGUCUUGCCAUCAUCGCAGUUGCUACGAUUGUUUUCAACAAUACCUGAAAGUAGAAAUUUCUGAAUCUAGAGUUAAUAUCGCUUGCCCAGAGUGUUCAGAACCAUUACAUCCAAACGAUAUUCGAAUGAUUCUAAAUGAUCAAACACAGUUAGAAAAAUACGAAGAUUUUAUGGUUCGAAGAGUACUCGCUGUAGAACCUGAUGCAAGAUGGUGCCCUGCUCCGGAUUGUAGUUUUGCUGUAAUUGCUAGUGGUUGCGCUUCGUGUCCAAAAUUACGUUGCGAACGCCCAGGUUGCGACUCGUACUUUUGCUAUCAUUGUAAAGCGCGGUGGCAUCCUAAUCAAACAUGCGAUGCUGCCAGAGCGCAACGUUCUCAAUAUUACGAACGCAGCUCCUCUUUAAGUUUCAGUCAAACUGACUCUCAACAUAGAGACGACAUAAAACCAUGCCCUAGAUGUCAAGUUUUGAUUGUCAAAAUGGACGAUGGAAGUUGUAAUCAUAUGACUUGUGCAGUUUGCGGUGCUGAAUUUUGUUGGCUUUGUAUGAAAGAGAUUAGUGAUCUUCAUUAUCUUAGUCCUUCUGGCUGCACCUUUUGGGGGAAAAAGCCGUGGUCCAGAAAGAAAAAGAUUCUUUGGCAACUUGGAACUUUAGUGGGAGCACCAAUUGGAAUUGGUCUCGUCGCUGGUAUAGCAUUUCCAGCCAUGAUUAUAGGUAUACCGGUAUGGGUAGGACAGAAAUUGUAUACGAGAUACGAAAAGGCCAACAAACACAAGAGAAAUGCUUUUAUCGCAGGAGGAGUCACUGCAUCGGUCUUGGUGUCGCCGGUGUUGGCAGGACUAGCUGUGGGUAUCGGCGUACCCAUUUUGCUGUUCUACGUCUACGGCGUGGUCCCGGUAUCCCUCUGCCGAAGCGGAGGCUGCGGCGUCUCUACGAGCGGUACCGGAGUGCGAUUUGAAUUCGAUGACGAAAACGAGCUGAUGGGGGCUCUGGGUGUUCGCAACGGCGGAGAUGCGGCAUCAAUAGACGUCGCGAGUCAUCGCGGUGGCAAUCCAUCGAUAGGGGAGGCCUCCCUUUCACUGGGUAGUGGCAGCCAGUUGGAGAAAUUGGGCCGGGAAAAUGAUCGUGAAAGCGUCAGCAACGUGGCUCUCGCUGGCACCAGCCUCGCUAGUCUAGCCUCCAGCGUGCUUCCCGGCGGUCAAAGGUUGGAAGUCCAGGUUGAUGUUACGUCUACUCAACGUUUCAGUUUAUGUAGCGAAACGGCUUCCGCGGCUACUAGUCUGUCUGAAAAAUCGGUAAACGCUUCUAUCGCUUUGGACGAUGGCGCAGCUUCUACGAGGGCCUUGGCUGGUUCCGUUCUUAAUUUUAAGAUGGACGGUAGUUCAAUUAGUGGUGGUAGGAGCACGGAAGGAGAACAAGCAGUUAGCUCUGCCAACGGUGGCCACAGUGACUCUGCUGGACAAGCUACUUCCUUGAGUUCGUUAGAAGAGAUGGCACCUGGUUUAGCAAAACGUAUCCGCCGUAAACUCACGUUCGAUCGUCAAUGCAGCGAUUCUAGUAGUUGGACUAUGUGCGGAGAGGAUGGCGGUUCAGAACGAGUACGAUUCGACGAUCAUGUCAGUGUAAUCGAAGCGGAUCAAGAGAGGGUAGUAGGCGGCAAGUUGGAAAGCUGCGGAGUAAAUAAUCGCUCAGCAGGAGGACGAAAGCGAAACAAGGAUGCAGAGAUAGAAAUGGAAGUUCAAAAGAUAUCUAAGAGUCCAAACGGUGAAUUGUCCGCCGAGAGCCCUGUGGACGAUACUUCGCGAGAACGCGUUAACGUGGCUACUUUGAGAAAUGUAUUUUUUCACACUUCAGCGGUAUCUACGGAUCGCGAGAAACGAUUAUCUGUUAUAGAGGAACCAAUGCCAAUUGUGUCACUGACUUCUGAUAAUCGGAUCUGCACGCCUUCACAUGACGAGAGUCAGAGCCCCAUCAGUACGGACAAAAGCUUGAAUUGCUAAAAAAAUUAAGACUGAAUCUAUGAUCAUGAAAUGCAUGUUUCUCAAAACGUCACAACGUAUGUAUAGAUGCGUAUAUACAUAUUGCUGAGUGUGUAUAUAUGUAUUAAACUACAUGACUAUAAUUCGUAAGUAUAAACGUGAAGAUUGUACAUACCCACAUACGCAACACACAAUAAUAGUUCAAAUGUUACACGUGGGGUGUUAAAAAUGUGGUAAAACAAUUUUACUGAUUGUGUACAUUUGCGCUGUGAUUAUGCAUAUACUAAAACUCUGUGAAUGUUUACACAUACAUCUACACAAAUACACGUACUGGCCUCCAAUUCGUUAUAAACGAUAAAAAAAUUAUAAAAUUUUUCUUGCGUCAAUAUUUUUUGAGUGAAUGUCAUUAUUAACAGACAAAAUAAUCCUAUUAUUUAUGUCUACAUUACUCUUGAUUUUCCGGAUCCAGUUUGUAACGAACAGGUGGACAAUACACAAGCUAAGAAGAAUUUACAAAAAUGAAAGUUAAUGUCGCGGAUUGUCGCUGCAUUUUAUAAGUCAAAUACUGCUCAUUAUGUCUUUAAGUAUUACGCGUUUAAUGUAAUUAGUCAAUAUACAUAUAAGAAUAUUUGAAUAUGAAUAUUUCUCCAAAAAUAUGUUUCCUGUUGUUAUGCGAAAAUAUAUAACACAACAAGUAAUUUUAUCUCAAAUAUUCUUGACUUUUUCUUAUGUUAUGUUAUAAUGAAGUGGAAAAAAUUAUUUCCAUAUACGAAAAAUUGUUUUCGUAUAUGGAAGAUAUAGUGUGUAAUACGUACAUACAUAUAUAUAUAAAUAAAAAGAUAUAUAUAUUAUAUGUAUAUUGUAUAUUAUGUAUGUAUGUAUAGAAAAAGGCUAUCAUAAAUUUAUUUAAAAUAUCUUCUGUAAUUUUAUUUGUUUAAUUUAACGAAAUAGUAAUUUUGGUGUGUAUAUUAUUUUGCAUUUGUCAGUUCAGAACUAAUUGAUCAUUGAUACCAAUAUUUGAUUAAUUAAUUUAAAAAACUAUAUUUACAGAUAUAUGCUUUAUAUCAAUUUCAUUUUGUAACUUUUAACCUAUAAUUCUAAAAUAAAAUGAAAUAUACAUACAAAUUGGUUUUAAAAAAAGUUUUGUUUGAAAGUAUUAAUCAUUUUAAUUCAAAGCAAUAUGUUUUAUCCUCUUAUAAAACACAACAAAUAAUAAAAUAUAUUAGUCGAUAGUUUUACAAAAAAUUAUUUUGUAUAUGCAUACCUAAAAAAAAAACGAAUUUUGAACUAUGACAAACUGCCGCAUCUUCUUUAUACAUAUGCGCAAACAGCACUAGUUAAAUUUAAGUGAAAAUUAUACAACAUACAAAUUCGAAAUCAUUGAUACACUUAGCAUAAAAGAAAUAACGAAUAUAUUAAAUAUAUGUUUAAUAUGUUAUGUUAAUCAUUAAUUCAAAGUAUUAAAUAAUCAAGUUCUCAUUUUUUUAAAUUACUUAAAAAGUUAAUACAAAAUUAUAAUAUUUGAAUAAGUACUUUUAAUAAAUAUCUUAUAUUUAAUAUUUUAUAAUUCUUGAAUCGAGAUAUAUAUAUAUAUAGGAUCCUAGAUUGUGUUUAUGCUUUUAUAAAUAUUAUGUAUUAACAUGUCCAAAUAAUCAUGAUUUCAGAUUAAAUUAUUAUUUGAAUUAUUAUAAAGUAGUCAAAUGCUAUUUUUUGCAAAUAUGUAAUACAUAUUAUAUUUCUUUAUGUAUCAGCAUUUGUUACAUAUUUUUAUCAUUAAAUUCAGAAUUUUUUUUAGUUGAAAUAAUUGAAACAUGUGAUGAUAUAUAUAAUUAUAGUAAUAACGAUAAUUACUUAAGAUGAAAUAUCUGUGACUUUCCGAAUGCCUAUUACACUUUAUGAUAUAAAAACGCAAAUAUUAAUUAGGAUUAUUACUUAGUAUGUUUAGAGUACUGGCAUCUACAAAUAAAUAUAUAGAUCUAUAUUAAUUUAAUUUGCCUGUACUUGCCUGUCAUUAAUAUUGUACAGCACAGAAAUAUCUUUUAAAUAUGCACUCUUAUCAUUUUACACAUCAUUGUAAUAAGUGUAUAUAUUUCUCUGGGAAAUAAAAUAAACUGCUGGAAAAAAAAUUAAAACCAA